AUGACGUACGAAAGGCGGACGAAACUCCGAGAGGGAGAAACAACAAAGUGGCGUGUGUACCAAGUUGGCCGCGAAGCGCGACUGAGGCCAGGGGUGGCGCCGAGAGAGAGAGAGGGUGGCGUGGAUGCAGGUCGACGUCCUUCACCACCACUACCACCAACCCGAGAAUCGGCCGCCACCCCCGGUCGCCCAACCUCCGCCACAGCUCACCUGUCCCCUCUAACCCCUGCCUCACCCUUCUCCCUCCUCCUCUGUCCUACUCUUCCUCUUUCGUUCUUCACCCUUCCUCCUUCACGCAUCCCUCUCCUCUUUUUCCUUUCCACGUCCCUGUCGCUCCUCGCGCAACUUCCUUGUUUCGCCUUUUCUCUCCGACGAGUGAACAGCCAGCGAGUCGGCCACCACCCAACCGAGUCGCGUUCGAGCCCGUUUUCGCGCGCCGCGGUACUCAAUGUGUUGCACUCGUCGCAGCGCGAGCAGACGCGCGCCGGUCCCCAGGAAGCAGCGUGGGCGGUUUUGCCCCGUUUGCCGGAACCGUCCGCUCCUGGGGCUGUGCCCGGUUUUCGCCUCCUCCUGCGUGCCUGCGGACGUACCCUGCACCCGCGAUUG